AUGGCAUCCUCAGCGCCGCCUUCCACCGCCGGAGGUCGAAAACCUCUCGGCUUCAUGGCAAACGCGAUGAAGAGAAAACAUAGCUUCGUACAAUUUUUCGCGAUGACCGGGAUUCUACUACUCAGUGUCCGAUCGGUCGGGCAAAAGUAUCGCAUCUACGAUCUUACUGAGGACACGGCAGCAUUAAAGGAAGAACAGGAAAGUCUCGCAUCUCGCAUGAAUCAUAUAAAACAAAGCCUCCUUGCGGAAGCCGCUCUCGAGCCUACCGGCGCCUUUGCCGCCAGGCUCCGCCUCCUCUUCAGCGAUGGAAGCAACUGA